AGCAUAUCUUCUCACAGUCAACUAUUCGAUCUAACGAAUCACUCUAGCGACGACAAAACUCAAAAUGACUCGGGGUCUGUAUAGUCUUUUUGUCGCUGCGAUCCUCGCAGUUUCUGCCGAGGCACAACAACCCCCAUACAAUUGUGACCUAAACGCCGCCCAACAACCCAGUCAGAAUUGUGGUGAAGUCAUUACUUACGGCUUCAACGAUGCUCAAAUCCGAGAAGUUCUUAAUGCCUUCGAUUCACACUACGGCGGACAAGUGAAAUGGUCUCCUGAGUUAGCCUUGCAGGCUCAAGCUUGGACGAACCAAUGUAGCGAUCAGCAAAACCCGUGCUUCAAGAGUCCUGGCGGACAGUUGAAUUCGAAUAGCCAAAGCAGCUAUAAGGAACCGGUGAACCUCGCCAGCAUGAUUAGCUCUUCGCUGAAUGGAUUAAAAAAUAUGCCCAAUCCUUCUGCCAACUUCCCCAGUUCUUAUAACUUUCCUGGAUACCCCACGUAUCCCAACAGUCCAAACUUCAAUGAUUGGCCUCAACAGAAUAAUUUUCCAAAUGUCCUUCCUAACGACCCCUACAACUACGACUACGGCUACAUAAACCCAUUCUACCGAUACAAAAGGCAGGUUGCUGACUAUUCCAACUCGGUGGGAUGCGGUUUCAUCUCGUACAAGAAAAACGACGAGUUUAAUCAUCAUCUCCUAUGCUACUACGGUUCCCUGGGAAAACGCAAUGAUGGGCCUGGCUACUAACACUUUUCCAGUCACUUCGUAAUAGAUUUAAGUUUCCAUCGAGCCGGUGACGUUUUGUCAACGGAUUGGCAGUUCCAAAAAAACAUCUCAAAGGAUCGUUUUCUUAUUAACUUUACAUUGUACUUUUAACUUCGAGCAAUAAAAGUUGAACUAAUCGAA